AUGUCGUCUGCUGCCAUGCAGACAGCUCCUACGCAUACAUCAGCGACAACAACUUCGACCUUGUACCCCGCAACCACUGCUUCGACUUAUCCUCAGUCCCAGAAUGCUUAUCAGCCGAGGACAGUUACCACAUCACACUCCCCCCAGUCUGUGGACGUAACAUCUCGAAACUCGCCGUCAAGCGCCAAAAGACCCAAUCAUCAACCUAGCGCCAAUGGUGCAAACUCCAACAUCGCACUUGGUCCACAGCACUCUCAGUACGGACCAGUGUCACCAGCAAUGAAUGCUUCCGUCCAACAAUCCCCACAGAGUUCCCUGCCCUCGGAUUCGGCCAACCGCACACAUUCUCGCUCCAACGUUCCUGAAGGGUUAGGCGUGACACCGCAGAUCCCUCCCCGUACCUCGUCGAAUCAAGGAUCCAGCAGGCACCAGAGCCAGUCGAGAAGUCGGGGUGAGGACUCAAACGGCGGUCGGUCUCGUCGCAAAGGUCAACAGUCGCCUGAGAAUUCGAAUAUGAAUCACUCGUCCGCGUAUCAAAGCCGUUCAGACAACGCAUUGGGCUCGUCAUCCGAGCCUGCUGCUCUUGCAAGUGAAUCGAGUACCGUCCUUAAUCAAGUUGUUAUUACCGAUCCAGCGGAGGACAUUGAACGGGAACACGAGCGACUGAUGGAGGCACAGACCUCGGCUGGCGGAGCCUCAAAUUCAGUUGCAGGUCUUGGCCUAGUCGGAGACGAAGGUGCAGACGAUGCUGCCCGCAGUGGCCCACGCACUCGCCAAGAUUACUCCAACACAUCAGGAAAGCGCAAGGAAACCACCUUCGGAAGGUACAUUUUAGGUCAGACUUUGGGAGAAGGAGAGUUUGCCAAAGUCAAACUCGGUUGGAAAAGAGAUGGCAGUGUUCAAGUUGCCAUUAAGCUCAUUCGACGCGAGAGCUUGGGCUCAAAUCCCAGCAGACUACCAAAGAUCUAUAGAGAAAUUGCAAUUCUCCGCGAACUGUCUCAUCCAAACAUCGUACGCCUGCACGAGAUGGUGGAAACUGAUCGCUACAUUGGCAUCAUCAUGGAGUACGCUUCGGGUGGAGAGCUCUUUGACUAUAUCCUCAAAAACCGCUAUUUGAAGGACAAUGCGGCGAGACGUUUGUUUGCGCAGCUUGUUUCCGGCGUUGGUUAUCUGCACAAGAAGGGAAUCGUGCAUCGCGAUCUGAAAUUGGAAAAUUUGCUACUUGACAGGAAUCGUAACCUCAUCAUUACUGAUUUUGGCUUCGCCAACACCUUCAACCCUGCGGACGAACUUGGCGAAGAGAUCGAGUACAAUCUUACCAACCGCGAAUUUGUCAGGAGGAUGAACCUGGACAAAACUGAUGCUGCCGGGAUGCGACGCGGCGAUUUGAUGCAAACUAGCUGUGGUAGUCCAUGCUAUGCCGCACCCGAGCUCGUUGUGAGCGACUCUCUUUAUACUGGUCGCAAGGUUGAUGUUUGGAGCUGUGGUGUGAUUUUGUAUGCUAUGCUUGCCGGCUACCUGCCGUUCGACGAUGAUCCUGCAAAUCCUGAAGGAGACAACAUCAACCUCUUGUACAAAUACAUUGUUAGCACACAUCUCACCUUUCCCGAAUAUGUAACACCACAUGCUCGCGAUCUAUUACGCCGUAUCCUCGUCCCCGAUCCUCGCAAACGCGCUGAUCUUUUCGAAGUUGCUCGUCACAGUUGGCUCAGUGAAUACUCGCAUGUUGUAUCUCAUAUCACGAGUAGCACCACCAAUAUUUCAGACAUUGCUACUACUACCGUGCCUGCUGAAGGGACACAAGAGGGCCCAGCUCUUGCUCGUAGCGCAUCUGUGCGCGAACCGCCAAAGAGUUUCCAGGGUAGCGUGUCCACACUGGGCGGCUUGACCCAUCAACAAGGAAAAGUUGCUACUCCAGAAGAUCCCUCGAACAGCAAGACGAAGACAUCGAGAGAGACCAAACGACGAACUGUACAGGUGGAGUAUGUCGCACCUCAGUCACAGACUGCCCGUGGCGACCAUACAUCGAGUGUAUCUCCACAAUCAGCAAGCGCGACUAGACCCGGAUCUCGAGGCGUUGUUGACCAGAACAAACCGCUACCAAGUGAACCACCAGGUGAGCAACCGCAACGGACGGCAUACACUCAAUCAACUCAAGAAUUACGGCCUAACGUUGGCAUUUCCCGAUCGAUGUCAGAGACAACAGGUCAUGCUUUCGAAAACUCGCAAACCGCGCGUCCAAACACUGGACACUCUGCCAUAUCCCUCAAUGCUGGAAGACUUCCUUCUCGUGGCUCCUAUGGUCAACCAGUGGCGCCCACGGUGGCUGCAACGAACGCCCAGGGUCGACUCGCGCAACCGAAGAAUGCGAAACAAUAUAAUAUCUCAUCACCAAUUCCUCAAGACCCGAACAUGUCUAUUGGAAGACCUAGCACCCAUCAACUCCCAAGUAUAUUUAACCAGACUCCUGCACAAGAACCGGUCAGAACCCACAAGCGUUCCAGCACGGUCAGUAGCAUUGGAGAGAGAAUUUUUGGCCGUUCAGGAUCCUUUUUCGGUGGCCGAUCAACGCAGCCCACUUCUCGUCCCAAACCCAGCAAACGAUAUCCUCCUACUAGCAUGAAAGAGCCUUACUCUCCCGACGACUCAAGGGCAUCGAUUGACUCUCGACGUUCGAACUCGUAUGCUAAUCGUACAGAGCCACGACAGCGACGGUUCUCUCUCAUGAACUCCAUCAGAGGAUUAUCGUCAGGGCGCAGUGACCAAAAUUCGGAAAGCGAUUCUCAUGAGGCUGAAUACUCUCGGCCAGCUACAGGCCCGGGGAUACUUACGGGACGCGACGUUAGUGGAUUUAGCGGCUACUCUGGCUCUCAUCAAGACGAGCCAGCAGCCCCUUCGGAUAGCUACGAAGCUCACAUCGAUAGACAGUUUGCUCAACUACACGAAAGCAACCAAAUGCACCAGGAGCCGGAACCGCACAACAAUGAAUACGGUACCUCAGAUACGAAUGAGUACUACGGUUAUCCUCAGCGUGGGCAGCAAUACAAUGGAAGCUAUGAUAGGUCGCGGCCAUCUGCACAACUUCCUCGAACGAAACCGGGAGUGUUGCAGAAAAAUAAUCGAAAGUUUGCAGAUGCGUACGAAUAUGAAAGGGACCAUUCACACCAUUCUGGAAGCUCAGGAGCCGCAAGGAAAGUGAUGGACUUUUUCCGUCGGCGCGGCAAGGCCAGAGCCGGGGAAGAUCGGUGA